UUUCAAACGGCCCACGACCCUGAGAAGAAGAUUGUUUACAGUGUGCGAGAACUAAAGAGGGGAUAUUUUUUGGAUCUUGAAAUUGUUCGCAACAUUGCUGGUUAAUGUGUGUUGAUCUUAAGCAGAGAAGUGUUACCAGAGAGAAACUGCGGAUUUUCGACUGCUGUUUCGUCCAAAAAUGAACAAGAGGAAAGAUCGAAUUUUGAGAUCAAAGGCAACAAUGCCGCUUGAUCAGAUUCAUCAUGACAGCACCAGCAAUGCUAUGAACAUGGGAGUAAAGAGACAUGGUGGUCUUCUCAUUGACCCCUCACUCAAACGCAGAGCAGCAUUUGAAGACAUCACAAACUCUGUGAAAGAGAACCAAGGUUUAAAAGAUGGUCAAAAGAAAAAGACAAGUUCCGGUCAGAAAGGGUUGAAACCAAGUCAAGGGAAAGUAGUGGCUGUAGAGAAACCUCGACCCAAACUUCAGCCAACAACUGAAGACAAGGAGAACAGUUCCACUCUGAAGAAGAAGUCGUGUUUUUGUCUGAGGAGGUUCUGUCAUCACAAGAUUUUGCAUCACAGAGUUCUGAGUCCAGCUGAAGCAAGCAAACACCAGAGAUCCAUAUCAGAGGAGAUUGAUGAGCUGGAACUGCUACUGGAGGAAGAGCAGAUAGACGAUAUUGACAAGGAGAACCUUGGAGACCCUGCACAAGCUGCUGUGUAUGCUAAGGACAUCUUUGAAUAUUACAAAGAGAGAGAGGUGAAGUUCAACGUGGACCAGUACAUGUCCCGACAGCCACACCUGACUCCCAACAUGCGGAGUAUCCUGGUGGAUUGGCUGGUGGAGGUGCAGGAGAACUUCGAGUUGAACCAUGAGACUCUGUACCUUGCCGUCAAGCUGGUCGACACCUACCUGUCACGGAAACAGAUCCUCAAGGAAGUGCUGCAGCUGGUUGGGGCUGUGUCACUGUUUGUAGCUUGUAAAUUUGAUGAGCGCUGCCCUCCUCUGAUUGAGGACUUUCUGUACAUCUGUGACGAUGCCUACACUCGCCAGGAGUUUAUUCAGAUGGAGAUGAACAUCCUUCGCAUUGUUGGCUUCGACCUUGGAAUGCCCCUAUCCUACAGAUUCCUCAGGAGAUAUGCAAAGUGUGCUCGCGCUGCGAUGGAGACAUUGACUCUUGCUCGUUACAUUCUGGAGAUGUCCCUCAUGGAGUACAGUCUGCUGUCGGUGAAGGAGUCCAAGCUGGGUGCAGCCACUCUCUACCUCGCUCUCUGCAUGAAGAAGGAAGGAACAUGGACUCGGACCAUGGUUCACUUCACCGGCUACGAGGUGACCGAGCUGAGAGACCUCAGCAGACAGUUGAACACUGUGAUCAAGUCACCUCCAAACAAACAGCUCACAACCAUCAGGUCCAAGUAUGCACACAAAGUUUUCUACGAAGUUGCUAAGACUACCACAAUAGACAACAACGACUUAUAGUCUGAUGUGGAAGGUGUUUCAUCGCUGGCAGCAUGUGUUAUGUAGUACAGCAAGUGUCAAUCAUGAACACUGUCCUCUGUGCUUCGUACACACGUCCUAGUGGCCACAUUGAAAUUGACAAUGAUAUCGCCAGUUGACGGCCCCCCAAAGUGUUGUGAUGGCAGCUGAUGGAGGUACACAGACAAGGACACUCAGCCGAGCACUACAGUUUCGCAUCAUGUUUACCCAUGUCGAUUACAACUAGUUAUUAUUGAAUGGCUGAAUAUGUUUUAUAUAUGCAUUGUUAAAUAUUUAUUGUUUUUGACGGUACCUUAAGAAGAUCAAAAUUGCAAUAAUAAUUUAUAGGAAAUUAGGACCCAUGUGAAAAGUUUAAAUAAUUGAUUAGAUAUGAAGUAUUUCAAAUAUAUCUUACAAAUUUAGCAUUUACGUUGAUGGGUCAAAAAUGAAAGCAUAAAAUUUGGGCAUUAACUUUUCAGUUCAGAGCUAAAAGUAAUUCCAUUUUGUAUAAAAGUAGAGUUUAGGUAAUGACAGAUCUAACUUGUAUGGAGACAUAAUGUGUACAUAAUAUGUCUAUCAAAAUUAAGCAUGAUAUGUUGGACAGAUUGGGAUUAUGAAGAAUACCUCAGAUUUUCUACCAAGCAGGGGCACAGUGUUGUAUAGUACACUUGCUACCUCCCUGCUGAUAGGGUUUUUACAGAAGUAUCGUCAUGCUUUCUUAGAUAUUUUUAUCCUAUUUUAGGUUCACUAUGUUAAAGCAGCAGGAGAUUAUGCUUCACCACACCGUUACAAGAUAGAAGUAUUAUGGAAUGGUAUAUGCUUAUAAAACCCAACAAUGAUGAAAUGAGGACAUUUAAAGUUGUCAUAUCAAAUUAAAAGCAUGCCUCUGAAGUAAAAGAUCAUUAAUAUCUUUAAUGAGUCCUUGCAGUUACGCUACAUGGGAUCCUGAUAGUAAUCUGUCAAUGAAUAGAAUCACGAUAUAUGCAACUCACCACAAAAUUCCUGUAUUCAAAUUCAGCCUAUCGGGUAACUUUUUACCCUGUUGUGUGCUACAUGACGUGUGUUUGUGACUGUCUUUUCAUUCAUCUUUCUUCCUCUUCUCUCUCUCUCAGUCUGUGCUGUCUUGUCUCAAAUGCUCUAUAGGAAGUCUACUGGACAGGUUCACUGAAUCUUUGCUAUAGUAGAAAUAUACUUAUCAAAUUGGCAAUUUCAUUACCGUCAGAUCUUUACUCUGAUGCAAUACCUCUCCAAAUAUAAGUCCAAAUCAUUUUAAAACCCACAGCCCCGAUUUCUCUGAACAAACUUAAGUUUUUUCUCAAAUUUCAAACUGAGUUUGACAAUUUGAAACAGCUGAAUUUUUAACUCAACUGCAUUUUUUAACUAAAAAAGC